UCGCCUCCGCGGUGGCGUUCGAUGGUGCCGCGGCUGCUGCUCCUGCUGCUGCUGUUCUUGCGGGGCGAGAGACGACGGCGAUUGGCGGCUCCUUUUCCAGGCUGAGGAGAGCUGCUGGUUGGAGGCUCACCGCGAGAUUGAGAAAGAGAGGGAGGGAGAAAGAGAGAGAGAAGGAGCGAGGCGGGCUCGGGUCCCCAUCUCUGCUCCUCCUCCUCCUCCUGCGUGUCUGUCAUGAGCAUCAUCCCCAGCUCGGCGUGAGGGAGGCGGGCGGCGGGCGAAGGGGCCCGGCAUGAAGCCCCUGGAGAAAUUCCUCAAGAAGCAAGGCUCCCAUUUGGCCUCCAAGGCCACGGCGACGGCGGCAGUGUCCGUGGCAGCGGCGGGGCCCAUGGCUCGGCGGCAGAGCGCCUCCAAGGUGCUUCCGAAGGAGCCUCCCGAGGAAGAGGCGCCGGAGCCGGCGGAGGAGGAGGCGGGCCCCGAGAGCGGGCGGUGGCUGGAGCUGCGCCCCCCGGAACCCGUGCUCCGCUCGCCCACCUCCUUCUCCUCAGAGGAGCUCUCCCCCGCCGGAGGAGGAGGAGGAGGAGGGGGCGGAGGAGGAGGAGAGGGGCAGCUCAGCCCGGAGCCCGCGCCCCCCACCUGCUGCUGGGCGCCCCUGGCCCAGCCCCACAGCCCCCCUGGACUGCUGGCGGGCUUGCUGGAGAGGCUCGGGCAGGACCCCUCCGCCCCACACCGACACGGAGGCUGCGGGGCAGAUCUCCUCCUGGAUGAUAUUGUCCUCACUCAUUCGUUGUUCCUGCCCACGGAGCAGUUCCUGCAUCAGCUGCAUCAGCACUUCAUGACAUCAUCGACAAUCCCUUCGCCAUCCUGUUGGAAAGAAGGUGAGGCCAUGCACCGGAAGCGAGCGGUUUUGGUUAUUUUGCUGCACUUCCUUGAGACGUACAAAGGGAUCUUGCAAGAGGAGGAGAAAGCAGGCAAAAUCAUCAAGGAUCUUUAUCUGCUCAUCAUGAAGGACUCCUCUCUCUACCAGAAACUGGAAGAAGAAAUUUUGAAGCUGCAUCAGCUUGUGGAGACAGUUGAACUUAAGGUGACUGAAGAAAGCCAUCCUCCCAGCAAACAGGUCAAACCCCUCUUCAGGCAUUUCCGGCGCAUUGAUUCAUGCCUUCAGACACGGGUUGCUUUUCGUGGGUCAGAUGAAAUUUUCUGUCGUGUCUACAUGCCUGACCACUCCUAUGUCACAAUUCGCAGUCGCCUCUCAGCUUCUGUGCAGGACAUCCUUUCUUCAGUGACAGAGAAGCUCCAGUAUUCUGAUGAACAGCCCUCACGGGAAGAGGCUCUCAUCCUGGUGACAGUAGCAUCAUCAGGAGAGAAAUCUGUGCUACAGCCCAAUGAAGAGUGUGUUUUCACAACCUUGGGGAUAAACAGCCAUCUCUUUGCCUGCACUAAGGAAUCUUUUCCAUCCCUGGUCCCUCUCCCUGAUGAAAUCCAGGUAUCUCCAGGUGACACAGAAAUCCACCGUGUUGAGGCUGAAGAUGUGGCAAAUCAUCUUACAUCCUUCCACUGGGAAUUAUUCCGCUGUGUUCAUGAGUUGGAAUUUGUGGACUAUGUGUUCCAUGGAGAACGAGGGCGACGAGAGACCGCCAACCUGGAGUUGCUGCUACAGCGUUGCAGUGAGGUUCAGCACUGGGUGGCCACCGAGGUGUUGCUCUGCGAAUCACUGGGGAAGAGGGCUCACCUGCUCAAGAAGUUCAUCAAGAUUGCAGCAGUAUGUAAACAGAACCAGGACAUGUUAACAUUCUAUGCUGUGGUCAUAGGGCUGAACAAUGCACCUGUCAGCCGUUUACGUCUCACCUGGGAGAAACUUCCAGGGAAAUUUAAGAACUUGUUCCGGAAAUUUGAGAAUCUAACGGACCCUUGUCGGAAUCAUAAAAGCUACCGAGAAGUUCUCUCUAGGAUGAAGCCUCCAAUAAUUCCUUUUGUGCCCCUAAUCUUAAAAGAUUUGACGUUCCUGCAUGAAGCUAGCAAAACCUUGGUGGAUGGACUGGUCAAUGUAGAGAAGCUGCACUCGGUUGCAGAGAAAGUUCGAACAAUCAGAAAGUGUCGGAGCCGGCCCCUCUGCUUGGAAAUGGAAUCAUCUCCCCAGCAGUUGCAGACUAAAGCUUAUGUCCGGCAGUUUCAAGUUAUUGACAAUCAAAACCUGCUCUUUGAGCUCUCACACAAGCUGGAGUCAAACAGCCAAUGAGGCCACAGCCCGUAGGUGGGCGUUGCCAGCAAAGAAUGUUUACUCCGUGCGAUACUCAAGCACUUUUUGGAUGUACAGGGGUUCUUCCUAGGGUUGGCCCAGGUUGGAAAGAACAUCAUGGAGUUACCAUACGGCAGGGAUGCUCAACCGUGGUCAGGGAUAGGCCAAAACACUUUGGUGUCUGUGGCACAAAAUUGAAUGGCACUUUGCCUUCCUAUAUUUAACACGGUGAGACAUAAAUUUGCUGGGAAGUUUUGUUGCCAAGCCUGGCAUCAAGGCAUUUUGAUACCAUAGAUGAAAAAUCCAAAUAGCACCUUCCCCAGUUCUGUUGCUGCCACUUUAACUGUGCCCUACAUCUGUAGCCUUUGCUUAAUGAGAGAACUGGCCCUGUCUGUUGUGCAACCAUGCUGGAAAUGAAUGGAAGCUGCACUGCAAUACGUUUGGGUGGGCUUUUGCGGAAGAACUUCCCAGUACAUUGCAGCCCACUACUUAUUUCACCACAUUUUGUGGCAUUCAAACCUGAGGCGGCCUCUUUGUCUUGCUUCAUGGUAGAACUGCUCGUGACUUGCCUUUUACAGAGUCGCUAAGACUGGGAGGAAUAUAGCUAUGAGUUGUGGAGCAAUAUUUUGUGGAGAUGAUCAAACCAAAACUGGAUUUUUUUGAGUUGCUUGUAGGGCAGCUUGUGCGGGAGGUAGAGCUCUGGUCAGACAACAUUCCUCCUCUCUGAGAGCAUAAGAGAACAUGGUUGGGGGUUGUUAAGAAUUUACAUGCAUGCAAGUUCUUUUUUUGGACAAGGCAUAGACCUAAAGCUUCCCAUCCUUGGCAAAUGUCAAGCUUUGAGAAAGGCUGCUGUUGCUCCUUCUUAUCAAUGGGGAGAGGGAGGCAAUUCAGGCCAUGAAGAUCCAACUGCUCUGAGCUCCUAAAGAGAAAGAAAAGCAGUGUGCUCCAUUUGAAGAAGGAUUUUCAGUCUACAUCAGCUGCUUCUCUAUGACAUCAAUCAGCCCUUCCUUUUCCCACCAAUAAGCAACAGCAGCAGAGGCCACAAUUAAGGCUUGACAGGCAGUGAGAUGACACAGAUCUCUCUGUGUGAAGCUACGUGCACAUUUAAGAUCUUUGGAAAUCAUAAAUGUUUGAGUCAGAAAAAUAAGCUUCCAAUGACUUGAAUACAGUCCAACCACAAGGGACGCCAUGUGCAAAAAUGUCAAGAAGAGUUAAUUUUCUGCCUUUCGGUUCCAGCUCUUCUUUUUACGACGUUAAUAUGAUUGAUAUUUCCAUCUUGGGCUGGAUGCGGAAACUUUUUAAAAAAUAUGGAAUAUUACCAGGAGACUCUUAAAGGUGUCUUCUCAGGGUACAGUCCCAGACUGUGAAUAAUAAUUCUCAUUCAGGUAACUGAGAUAGGAAAAUGUGUUUGCUUUUUGUGUUCGUAUCCUUCGGGCUUGCGUAAACCAAUAGGACAGCAUUCGUUCGGGGAGAUUUUUACAACCGACAAUUUAAGUUUGAAAUGGAUAUUGAAAUUAUAUAUCUCUUGAAGUUUCUGAUGGGGGCAUUUCUGCCAACUUGAAGUAACCUCAAAAUUAUUUUGUCCCCCAAAGAACUACUCUGCCAUAAUACGGGAUAAAGAAUACUCAACAUUUGCCAAGCAACAAUUCCCAAGCAACUGGGUUUGUUAUGGGAACUCGUGACAGUUGAAAUGGUACAAACUGUAUAUAGAUUAAUGUUAUCUCUGGUUCUGGCUACUGUCUGGGUGUCUUGUAUAGCAAUAGAUGUUGGAUACAUUCAUUUUUGUAAAUGCCUUAGAAGGGGCAGCAGGGAAAAGAAGCUAAUACUCCCUUCUGUUGGACCAAUCUCUGGAUUAUUGUCACUCCCGAGUCCUGGAGGUUCUGCUCUAGCAGCAUUGAAGAGCUAUGGAAAGAGAGAGCAGGCCAUAUAGCCCGAAAAAACGUACAACAACCCAGUGAUUCGGGCCACGAAAGCCUUCGAAAAUACAGAGAGCAGGAAGCUGGCUAUAUACUAAAACCAGUCUAGAGCUGUGAAGUUUUUUCUCUCCAUAGUAUUGUUCGAGCAUUCAGCGGAUAUGUUUGAAUAUACAAUUGGCCCUCCACAUUUGCGAGUUUGACAUUCGUAGUUUUGAUUAAAAUGUUCUUAGAAUUCCUAGAUCCACCAGUGUGACAAUAUGUAUGGUCAAUUUCUGCCAGAGGUUGACCAUAGAAUCAUUCUGGAAGGCCUUAAGAUCUCUAAAGAUGUGUUUUCUCCGUUUUUAAAAAACUAGCCAUUUUAAAAAAUGUGAUUUUCACUUUUGUGGAGGUCCUGUGUCCCUAACCCCCAUGAAUAUGGAAGGCUGACUACCUUGCUCUCAAUACAGUGCUAAUGGUUAUACAAUGAUAAAACAGUUGUGGUCCUUACCCUCCAGAGUGCCUUUAAAACAGAGGUUGGCAUCUGCUCCCUUUAUCCCUUGUACCAACGAAUCCCUUUUUAAUGGCUGGAAUGCUGCUUAAGAGAUAGUUUUUGGGAGCUGAAGCAACAGUGAAAGGAAAAGCUAAUCUACAAUAGGACAGGAUCAAUAUAGGCUUGGACUGAAUCUUUAUGUUGGAAGUGGGAUGCUCUUUCACUGCUCUUCAGCCUCCCCUCCAAUUGUAUAAAAAAACACGUGAUUGCAAAAGUAUUAAGAGGUUCUUGACCCCUGCUGCAAUUGAUCUUGAGAACACACUUUCAAAAGCACUGAAUUUAAUUCAUGCUGAUAGUAGUGAGAUCAGAAUCAGAGAUAUGAUUAAUUACAUGGAAAAGGAAUAAUAGGAUUUGUGAACCCUCCACUGCCAUCUCCAAUAGGUUUUAGCCAACUUUCUGCAGGACAGACUGCCACACAUUUUCUUACUUGUCCUUCGGUCAGAUCACAAAUAGAAAAUGUAUUUUUAAUUAUACCCAGGGAGCUCUAACAAGUAUUAUGGCCACCUUUCCCAACCAGGUGCUCUCCAGAGGCAUUAGACUACAACAUCUGUAAUCCUGCAGCUAGGGAUUGUGGAACCUGUUGUCCCACAUCCAGGAGCACUUUAAAGGGAUUAUGGAUGCCAAUGUAAUGAGACAUAAGAAUUCCUGCAUCAUGCUUCAGGGCUCAGGCCUAGCAGCGGGAAUCUGUUUUCAGUGCCAUGGCUCAAUCCUGAAAAUGUGAAAUAAUACUGAGUGCCUCUGAGCAUGUCCAGAGUGCAUUUCCCAUACUACUGACUAACCAUAGCCCACUUCCACACAGGAUGUUCAGGUUAGAGGGGAAGCACUUUUCUUUAUAGAAAUGUUUUCCCAGUCAUGUUUCUAACAGCUUUAAUAUGUGAUCAAAUUUUUAAUAUCAAAGAACAAGAUACUGGAAACAAUUCUCUGGCAUUUAAAAAACGUAUUUUGUGUUUGCUGACUUCAUUUCUCUCUUUUUUUAAAAUAAAGAAUUGUGUGUGUGGGUGUGUGCAGGGGUGGGUUUGCCUUUAUGGGCUUCUGUUCAGGGACUUUUUGUUUCAGGGUCUCUCGCUUUUGUCUAUAUUUCUUUUUUCUCUCUCCUGGAGAGAGAGUGUUUCAGGUCCUAACGCGAGGAUGUGUAUAUGAAUAUGUAUAUUUAUAUAUUUUUAACAAGAACUUCUUGAAUUGUACAUUUAUUUUUUAAGGAAAGAGCCUUGUAUCAUAUUGGAGCAUUGUACAGCAAAUUUUCUACUGUCGGAAUGAGGGACUGCUUGCCUACACAUAUAGCCCAAUAAGCUUCUGCGAGGUGGAAUGUAAGCUGUGUUGUGUUGUUCCAGGGAAGCCGAGUUUAUUUUUGGUCUGGCUGUUGUUAUUAUUAAUUAUUAUUGUCAUUGUUUUGCUAAAGGAGCACUUGGGUGGGAAUCCAAACGGUGAAACUAAAAUAUUGUGAAAAAUAAAAAUGAUAAUUGGC